CAAGAGGAAGGAGCGGGAGAAAGAGAUCCUCCUCUCGCCUUGCGGCUCCCCGCCCCCGACCGUAUCGUCUCCCUCUUUCACAUAUCCCCACACUCAUCGCCCUCUCGCUCCACAUAACCACAUUCCCUUCCCACCACCUUUCCUCUCUCUCUCCUCGGCCGCCGUUCCUGCUCCGUCCACCCCCACCACAUGCGGCGGCGCGGGCGCCUCCCCGCGGUGCUGUGGCUCGUUGCCGUGACGUUGGCGGCGCUGCUGGCGCGGCCGGCGAACGCGGCGUGGUGCAUCGCGCGGAGCGGGGCGUCGGACAAGGCGCUGCAGUCGGCGCUGGACUACGCGUGCGGCCCCGCGGGGGGUGCGGACUGCGCGCCCAUCCUGACCAGCGGCCUCUGCUACCUGCCCAACACGCUCGCCGCGCACGCCUCCUACGCCUUCAACUCCAUCUUCCAGCGUUCCCGCGCCGCGCCGGGGGCAUGCGACUUCGCCGGCACCGCCACCGUCACGCUUACCGACCCCAGUUAUGGAUCAUGCACCUACCCUUCAUCUCCAAGCACUGCCGGGCAAACAGGAUCACCUGGUUCAACAUCCAUGCCAGGGACUCCCACGUCUUUGUCGCCAAAAGGCACUGGAAGCACCGGAGGAUUGAACCCACCUGACGUCGAUUCUACCGACUCCAAUGCUGAACCUCUGGCGACCGCGUCCCUCUCAUCUCUUGCUCUGCUCUGUUUCAUGUACAUGUUCUUGCAGUUGUGGUGAUGCAUGGAUGAUCUAGCUAGGUUCAGUAGAGCAUUGAGACGCAGUAUUGUUGUUGCAUCAUGAUACAGGAGACCACACCACAGUUUUGUUCCAGGGAAUUGGUUGGUUUGUGGUAAGCCGUUCAAGUGUAAGGCAAGAGUACCCAUUGGUUGGAUUCUCAACUCAUUAGGCUUCUUUUCGUCUAAAAGGUCAUUAUGCUUCUUUUUUUUCUUGGGGAUCUGAUUAUGUUUUGUUGACGAUCUUUUUUUUUGGUUGAUUUGAGCUUGGUUUUU